AUGGCAUUGACAUGGCGUAAAAGUAAGGGACGUUUGCGACGAAUGACGCGACCAAUCGUUCCCACGUUACUCGGUAUGAUUCUCGGUAUAUCAGCAACGUUGAUCUUUACAACUGUACGACGUCUACCGCAUGACAUAUGCAGUAAACUUCUAGUGCAACAUAAAGAACCACAAUUAUUACUUGUUGGUGUGAUGACAGCAGCAAAAUAUGUGGACACAAGAGCUUAUGAGGUUUGGAAAACAUGGGCACAACGUAUUCCAGGAAAACUACUAUUUUUCGUAGCCGAAGGUACAAUAGCAAUUCAUACCGAUAUGCCAAUAAUUCGUUUAAAAGGUGUCACCGAUGUAUAUCCACCACAGAAGAAAUCAUUUGCAAUGUUAAAAUGGAUGGCUGAUAAUCAUUUGGAUGAUUUUAAUUGGUUUAUGAGAGCAGAUGAUGAUUUAUAUGUACGAGGAGAACAAUUGGAAACAUUGCUAAGAUCUUUGGACUCGGAUAAGGCAUAUUUAAUUGGCCAAGCUGGACUGGGUAAUACAGCCGAAUAUGGACAAUUGGCUCUUGGUCAAGAGGACAAUUACUGUAUGGGUGGACCUGGUAUUGUAAUGUCUCGAAUGACUUUACGUCGUGUCGCUCCACAUUUACGUUCAUGUUUGAUGGAAAUGUUCACCACGCACGAAGACGUUGAACUUGGAAGAUGUAUUCGUAAGCAUGUUGGUGUCACGUGUACGUGGAACUACGAAAUGCAAACAUUAUUUCACAAUAAUCAAACGGUACCGAAUGCUUAUCAAGGUAGUUUGACGGAGUUACGUCAUGCCAUUACGUUACAUCCAGUCAAAAAACCAUCAACAAUGCGCCGAAUUCAUGUUCACAAUCGUAUCCUUCGGCUUGCAAUGUUACGUUCCAGACGUAUUACAUUGUUGAAUGAAUUACCGAAUCAAAAAGCACCAUCACUUAUACGUCAUAUUCCAAAUUCAACACGUGACCUCUUCCACUGGGAUUUUAUUUCAUCCAACAAUAUUUUAUUUUGUGCUCAACAAGUGAACUGUCCAAGGCAUACGCUUGAUUUAAGUAUACGAAUGGCACUUAAUGAAAUUAUCACUCAGCUAUUCGAUGAAUUCAAUGCAAAUGCCCGACAAAGAGGUCGCGUACUACGAUUUCAGAAUAUUCAGUACGGUUAUAUGAGAGUUGAACCACGUCAUGGUGUAGAUUAUGUGCUUGAUAUGGUAUUAUGGUUCAAAAAAAUUCGUCCACCUCAUAGAGCAACACUUUCUGUACGUCGUCAUGCAUAUAUUCAACAAACAUUUGGAUCAUUGGAAAUUAUAUCAGAUAGUUUUUUUCGUGACACUUUACGACAACGUAUUGCAAAAAGUAUUCGUUUAUGGAAAGAAACAAAUGAAUCAAAAGAUUUUAAUUGGAAACGAAUGAAAUUACCACCGGAAAAUUUUCAUAUACAUAUGAUAGUGCCACUUGCUGGAAGAGUUGAUUCUUUUAAAAGAUUUGCAAAUAAUCUGAGAACCGUAUGCCUCAACAAACGGAUAUUUUCACUUAUUUUGGUGAUUUAUGAUUCGGUACCAGAUGUGGAUACAGCAAUUGCAGCAUUGAUUGAUGAACUUAAAUUAGAAAUUGAUGUUAAGGUAAUCAACAUGGGUUCACAACCAUUCAAUCGUGGCAUUGCACUUUCCCGUGGUGCUGAUAUUCUGGGACCAGAUGCCUUAAUGUUUUUUAUUGAUGUUGACAUUCUUUUCACUUGUGAUACUCUUGAUCGGGUCAUACGCAAUACUGUACGUGGUGCUCAGGUAUAUUUUCCAAUAGUAUUUAGCGAAUAUUCACCAGAAACAUGGUCAGAUAGCGAUCGACUACUUUCUGAUGCAUUUCAUUAUGGUCGAAAAAGGGGUUAUUUUCGACAUUUCGGAUUUGGACUAGUGUCAAUUUAUAAAUCCGAUUUAGAUCUCAUUGGAGGCAUGAAUUUGAAUAUACAGGGAUGGGGCAUGGAAGAUGUGGAUUUCUUUGAGAGAUGUGUUCACUCACCGCUACGUAUAAUGCGUGCACCGGAUCCGGGUCUUGUUCAUAUCUAUCAUACCAUACACUGUGCUGAAUCACUUCCAGAAAAACAAUAUAUUAUGUGUAUCGGUUCAAAGGCUGCAAGUUUAGCAUCAUUAGAUUCUCUGGUUGACCAAUUAUCUGUAUAUUCCUAA